CACCACGAAACAACCCACACCACAAUCAACACAACCGCAAAAAUGAGCUUCAUCCCCCUCAACCCCCGCCCCAUGCUGCAAGCCCUGGUCAACCAAGACGUCCUCAUCCGCAUCAAGUGGGGACAGGAAUACACGGGAAGACUGGUUUCUGUGGACAGCUAUAUGAAUGUGCAGUUGGGGAAUGCGAAGGAGUGGAAGGAUGGCGACGAACAGGGGGAUUUGGGGCAGGUUUUGAUAAGGUGCAACAACGUGUUGUGGAUUUCGGCGUAUAACCCCAAGGGAACGAAUGGAGAUACGGCUAUGGAUGGCUAGAACGGACUGCGGCUGGAGACACGACCAAGAGCAUUGAAGACGACUACGCGCUACGAAGGCGCAGGACAGAGAAGAAGAACAAGAAGAAGCGAGUGAAGGUCGGUGGAGACGACGAUGCGGACGGCGGUUGAUGGAGGAUGCCUGCGCAAAACGAUGAAAGCGCAUCGCGCGAAACAGCGACUCUCCAUACCGCUCGAGUUCACGAACUGGUGCAUCAGGCGAAAGAGCAUCGGCGUUCACGGCGUUCCAACUUGCAUUGAAGCCAAAUUGUGGACAGAAGGGCAUAUGGAC